CACACAAACUGAUGCACACACUGCUUAAAUGUGAAUUAAAAAACUGUCUCGUGCCCGUCUGUAUGCGUGUAUUUUAAUCAAUCCAAGUUAGUAUCAGGCGCAGCAGCGAGCGCAUCUCUGCUGUCUCUGCUUGUGUGCUCUCUGUUAUUGUCGUCUCUGGUGGUGUCCGGCAUCCCGCAUUCGUUUUUCAAAUUUCAACGGGUGCAGUCGCGUGCGUGUGUGUCCGUGUCCCGGUGUAUAAACAAUUUUCGUUUAGUCAAUCUCAAUAUUAUAAUCUUAAAGCGCACACGCGCCUGAACUGAACCCACACACGCAGCAGCCGCUCAGCCCACACCACACACCUGCCAAAAUCAAGAUGCGAGCAGCAAUGAAACGGUUUAUUCCCCUGUUUCUGGCCUUGCUGCUAACACUCCAGCAGCCCGCACCAACGACGGCCGUGAUUGAGGAUGUGCUGGACAUCAUACACGUCGUUAAGGAGGUGUCCACGGGCAUACUGAAGGCCUGGGACAUUGUGCAGGCCUCACCUUUGGGGGCCAACAUAGACUUUCCCCUGAUGCGCGAAAAGCAGAAAAAGGUGCUGCAGCGCCUGAAAGAGGUCACCCGACAGAUAGACCAGACCGAGGAGCAACACGCCGAGUAUGUGGCCCUGGCCAUAGACACGGUGACCAGCCACAUGAACCUCAAUGCCCCCAUGCUGGCCAAGAUGAACGACAUCGGCGACACGGUCAACCGGAUCUCUUCGCGCUACCAGCAGAUGCAGAAAUACGAGGCCCACAAGGACAAGCUAGAGAUGUCCACCCUUGUGACGUUCGCCGAGUGGACAGUCUCCCCGAAUGCCCAUUCGGUGCACCACCUGAUGGACCGUCUGCAUCUCACGCUCUUCGGAAGCGAAGAAAAGGCCAACACUACGGGCACCAGCAGCAGCAGCAGCAGCCUGCUCGCCCAGCUGGCAACCAGCUAUGAGGCUUCUACAAACGAAAUAUGCAACACCCAACAGUCGGCGCAACAGUUUGUGUACUCUCUGUAUGCGGACAUCGCAUUGACCGAGCUGAAGGCCUACACCAUGAUGGAGUUCUCGUGGAUGAUGCUGCGCGUCUAUGGCAAGGGCAAUUUCACACAGGAAGCCGAACUGAUGCGCACCGACUACGAGCGACGCACGGAGCGUACACUGAAGCUGUUGAAGGAUGUGAUGACGCGCGCCGAUCGCAUUGUCUGGCGCUGUGAUCCCAAGAAGCAUGUGGCUGGCGUUACCUACGACGAGGUGACACGCUUACUGCAGGGCUACAUCGAGAACGAGGUGGAUCUCAACAACGAGGAGACAUGCCGCGAGACCUGCUCCUUCUAUCAGUCGACACGCAGCGAAGGCUGCUACAAGGAACUCUACUGCGCCCGUCAGCCCAAGUGCUCGGGCCGACUGUACAACUGCCAGUUUGUCGAUUCGGACAUGUGGGUGUGCCCCUCGCCGAAGAACAGCACCAGGCGAUACGAGUACAUCGAGUACGAGAACGGACGGACGCUGGGCCAGCGUGCAAACUGUGUGCGCGGCACAACCAAGGUGGACAGCUGGUGGCGUUACCUUUUCUGGCACUGCAGCUACUGCUUCUGCAUGUGCGACGAGCAGGGUCUCAAAUCCGAUCGUUUCUUCAACCUACGCGAAGCAGUCUCCGAUGUGAAGCGCAACAGGGUCGUGACUGGACUGCGUUUUGUGAAGAAGAAUCGCAUUUUCCAUCUGCAGAUACAGGAGGGAGAGCUCUUGCCGCGCGGCGGCAUCAAUCACACGACUCUGUCGUGGAAGCCCGUCGAGAAUUAUAACAUCUUUGAUCGUGACGUCAAGAAGGGCACCGACUAUCACACACUCAGCUAUGAGAGUCGCUCCAUUGAUCUCGACGAUGUCGAUACGGAUGACAACAGCUUUGUGGUCACUGGUGUGCGUUUUCGUGUGGUGGGUGCCCACCUGAAUCUGGAGGCCUGCUACAGCGAAUUCGAUUUCAAGACGGGCCAGCUGCUGCAGCCGGAGGUGAACAGCUAUUGGAAAUCCAACGACAACACCGAUGUCAGCGGUGACAGCAAGACGCGCAGAGAAAAAGUGAACAUUUUUUUACAAAUAGUCAAAGAAUCAUGUAGAUUAAAUGAUACUCUACAUAAACGUAUUUAUUCGUAUAUGCAUGUGGUGUAUAUUCGUUAGCCGAACCAAGUUUCCUUGAAACAAUUUUCUCAUUUUUAGUUCUCUAUAUACACACGUAUGUACGUAUGUGCGUAUGUACAACGUUUCAGUUUAGUAAAUAUCAAAAACCAGAGGAUGGAAUAGGAGAAGAAGGAGAAAUUACAAUGCCAACCACAAGGAUCUCUUUGAAAAAAAAAAAAAAAAAACCCCAAAAUGGGAAGGAAAAAACUUUUUUUUUUUUUUUUUUUUUUUUGUGUACAAACAAUAGAUACUUAGGAUGGAAAGAUGAAUGGAUGGGUAUAUAGGAGAGAUUGUUUGGAUUGUUAACGAAUCAAAUUGGUUCCAGUUCAUUUCAUUUCAUUUCGUUUAGUUUCGUUUUUGGGGUACAGCUGUUUUGAGUUCAUUUGAAAUGGGUUUUCCUACGGGGAGUAAACACUUACACACACACAUACAUAUAUAGACAGGGUCCACUAAAAUACUAUUAUUAUUAUUACAUAUUAUUAUUAUUGUUUGUAUGCAGGGGGAUGCCUCGAGGGGUGUAUGUUUAUGGCAGGUGUAAAUGGAGCAGAUGGUUUUUUGUUUUGUUUUUAAUUUUUUGUGUAUUAUUUCUUGUUUUUUUUCUUAAUUAUUAUUUUGAUGCAACCGAAUUGUGAUGAUGUGAUAGACUUAUAUAAACAAACAAAAAUACAAAAAAAGAUACCAAUUAAUAACCAGUUUAAAUGCAGUUUAGCAGAGCAAACCGCUGCAGAUGAAUAUGAGAAUACGAAUAUGAAUAUUAAUAUGGAUAUAUGUUAUGUAUUUGUAUUAUUGUCGUUGUCGCUAAAUAGACAAUGUCUGAUGGCUGAUGGCUAUGCUAUAUAUAUGUAUUAUGGAUGACUUGAGGCAUACAUUCUUUUUUGAAGAAAUAAAACUAUAGAGCGCGAUAUUUGUAUUGUAUUUAUCUAUAAGUUGUUGUGUCCACCACACACUGCGAGACGGGGGAAAAACGAAAACAAAGCAAAACAAAACAAAAAAUCCAAACAACAAAUGACAAACCACAAGCAAACAAACAAACGAAAACAAAAAAAAUGGUAAAACACAAAAACACGAAAAAAUGAGAAAAAAAAGAGCAAAAGCCGUUGAAACUGAUAAAAUUUAAGAGAGUUACUAAAACUGAAAACAAACCCCGAAGAAAGCAAGAAAAAAGAGAACAAAAAAGAAAAUGAAAUGAAAAAGAUAACAAAAGCGAAUGGAAAUUCCCGAUAUUCACAAAAUGUGGAUGGGGGGAGUUUUAUUUGUUUGUUUGUUGUAUUUUCUUUUUGUACGUUUUGGGGUCACACUCUUUCUCCCUUGUCUUGAUCGCUCUCUCUCUCUCUCUCUCCCCCUCUGUCUCUGCCUCCGUCUAUCUCUCUCUCUCUCUAACUCUCGCACUCUCCCAGUCCUAGUCUCUCACUCUUCUUAAUGAUUUAUGUAUAUAUAUGUACAAAUACAAGGACGAUCGUGAAUCGCAGAUCCAUAUAUACAUACAUACAUAUAUUUUUGAAAGUAUAGAAAUGCAACUUUUGAAAAAAAUUCAACCAAAAAGUUAAAAAACGUAACUAGAACCAAAAAUAAAAAACAAAUCGAGUGCCGCGUCGCGUCGCGUAAUCGUUUCGCAUGUGUUCAGCUUUGAAAAAUAAGAAGCAAAAUAAAACAAAAAUGAAACACAAAGACAAAACAAAAGCAAGAAACUAAAAGAAAGACACCGUUAUUUCGAUGGUUUGUUGUACAACACUGUUUUACGUUCGCCAAACGCAUAAAUCUAAAAUCGUUUUGCCACGCUAAACAUUUUUUGGUUUUUGCUGUUUUCGUUUUAGUUUUUUUGCGUUUUCGUUGAUUUUAGUUUCGAUUCCGUUAUGCAUCUUUUACUUUGUCAACAAAAGAGAAUAAAACCAAUAUAUAUGUACAUAUAUGCGCAUGCACAGGCAUGCAAGCCAGAGCCUGCCAGAGCCAGGGCUAAAAAAACAGAAAAAAGGAAGAAUAAAAAAAGAAAAAAGUGAAUUGCAUUUACCGUUACAAUGCGGGUGUUGGUCGCCAGCCAGGCAGCGCGCGCGUCUCGCACAAGUGCCAAAAAUGCAAAUGAUAAAAGAGAACGAACGUCAAGAAACUCUCACACAAGCCCACAUACAGCAGACGCACACACAACAUGCAGACAUACAUACAUAAGUACAUACAUAAACACCUACAAGCAUACUUUUAAGCGCCAAAGUUAGAAGCGAGUGGCUUUUGAGCGUAGUAAUUGAUCGAUUCGCGAUUAUCAAUGGGCGGCGGCAACAGCAGGCAGAACAUUGUUGUUUGCCAUUGUUGAUUUAAGAAAUAAAUGUUUGAUGUUGCAGCAGUAGCAGCAGUGUAAGUUAAACAAACAAUGCAUGAAAACAUACAUACAUAAAUGCAUACAAUAUGAAUAUUUGUGUUCGGCCACAAAUUGAAGCAGAAAGCUAAAGCGUAACCGUCAAAGAGUGGAAAGUAAAAAGAGUAAACCAAAACCCAUUGUGAUACAGCUGCAAAAGAAACAAAAACAAAAGCAAAAAAAACAAAAAACAAAAACGCGUUAGAACCUUACGACGAUAACAAAAUGGUUUUAUUGUCAUUUACAUACUUGUAAUUUCGAUGGCGAAUCAAAAAUAAAAAAAGGGAGAAACCUACUAAAUCGAAUCUAUUACGAAUUCAAUCAAAAAUACAGCAAGCCAACAAUUUAUCCAAACUAGUUUAAAAACAAAUAACAAAACACACACACACACAAAUAUUUUGUUUGAUUUCGAAUGAAGAUUGUGUAGCACACACGUGUGCGAAUUUUUGCUAAAUUUUUUAGUUGUUGCAAAAAAAUUGUAGGUAAAAAGUUUGAGGCAAAUGCAAAUUCUUAGCCAUUUUGAGGAUGCGUGCAUUUAGAAGUUAGCAACCAAAACGAGAAACACAUUGAGUACGAGUACUUUCAAAAUCGUAAUCUUAAGAUCAUCAGACAUCAGACAUAACAGACACACACAUACACAAAGAACAUAAAUAAUUGGUGGAUUGGUGCAUCGAUUUGCAAAUUAAAAUAUAUGAAAAGAGCUGAGCAAACAUAUUUGAAGUAAAUGUUAACAGCAUAGAGUUAAGAACGAUGAAAAACACACACACACCUACGUAUAUUUAAACACAUUAUUAUAAUAAUUAUAACAAAAAAGCAUAUACAUAUAUACACACACGAUUUAUACAUAUGUAUAUGUAUGUAUACUAUGCAAUUUAAUGCAUAUUCUAAAAACAGUUGUUUCGCCCGCCUCGCCUUGCCUCGCUUCGAAUUCAAUUUGGAAUAUCGCGAGCAGCAUACUGGUAGCGGAGUUAAGGAGAAACUAAUGAAGGAAAUCUAAAUUGUAAUCAAUUUAUCUUAUGUACUAGUUAUUAGGCAACACGUAAACACACACACACACACACACACACACUCGUACCCAGUCCCCAGCCAACGCCUUUACCCUAGCCUCAACACCCAUCCCUCCUCGUUCCCAUCACCAGUCGACUAAUGUUAAACACACAAAAAACCCGUAUAAAAUGCAUCAAUAUGAAUAUGUAACGAUCAUGUUUACAGCAAGCAAAAUGGAUAUCUUCUUUGUAAUAAACAAACAAACAACAAAAA